UGCCCCGCCGCCAUCUUGGUGCGGGUGGCGUGGCCGGGGUCGCCGGAGGUGGCCGGAAGCGGGUCCGCCGCCGCGCGCCGCCCGCCGCCCGCCGCCAUGCCGCAGUUCCAGAACUGGGAGGAGUUCAGCCGCGCGGCGGAGAAGCUCUACCUGGCCGACCCGAUGAAGGUGCGUAUAGUUCUCAAGUACAGGCAUGCUGAUGGGAAUUUGUGUAUGAAAGUAACAGACGAUGCUGUUUGUUUGGUCUAUAGAACAGAGCAAGCUCAAGAUGUAAAGAAGAUUGAGAAAUUCCACAGUCAACUCAUGCGCCUUAUGGUAGCCAAGGAGCCUCGCACCGUGGCUGUGGCAGAAGCAGACUGAGUGGCGGGCAGGAAGACUUGCCGUGUUUACAAAGUAAAUGUCUUUUGGAUUUGAGUAAGUGUUGGGACAGAAGAACUGAGUAGGCUCUUCAGUUUUUAAUUUAGAGAGCUAGGAAUAAAAAUGCUUUCAGUUAGAAAACCUUGAUUUAUUUUUGGAAAUUGGACAAGAUAUACUAACUCAGAAAAAUUUAUAUUAGUAAUUUGAACAUGAAAUACUAAGAAAAAGCCCAUUCCUCUUUAACCUUAGUUCAUGUGUCUUUUAAGAGAAAAUUAAAAAGACCCCAUUUUGCUGGACCAUUGUAUUUCUUUUGGAACAUAAAAUUUGUGCUGGUAAUAACCAAUAAAUGGUUCACUGUG